ACCCGGUGACGACCGCAGGUGGUGCGCGCCGAAAGGUGCCACGUCACUCAUUUUGGCGCGUGAAGUAAGACCCGCCCAUGGCUCAGUGAGUGCGUUUCCCUCCUAAAGUUUAAAUGUCUGAUCUUUACUCUGAUCGGAACAGUGCUGCUCAGAGGACGCCAACAUGGUGAUGGACAAGUCGAAACGAAGAAUACCCAAGAUGAGCAGCCAAGACGAACAACACCAGCAGUCGAGACGAGCCAAACCCUGGAGACGAGCCACAACAGGAGCCUGAAGCAGCAGGAAAACAGAAUAUCUGAGUAUCCGUCUUCUGAUGACAACUCCUUCAGGCUUGUGGUGGAUGGAGUCAAAAUGGAGGUGAACAGAAGAGAGGUGCCUCUAUACGGACAGGUGGAGGCCCACGUAAGGUUACAAGCCAAAGCUCCUGAGGAUGCAGAGUUUUAUGUGAUUGUACAAGGCUCUACACUUUCGCAUGUGACUGCAGCAAAAACAGGAGAUGACGGGAUGACGCUCUGCUUCGCAGCUCCAGGUCAUGCCCGUGUGGAAAGUGUCACUGUCACAUCCUACAUUUACACAGAAGAUCAAGUCAAGCCAUGCGAGGAUGAAGCAUGUCUUGAGUACCUCAGGGACGUUGCCCAGGAGGCUGCAGAGUACCUGAGUGCAAACAGGGACCACCUCGGCCCUCGGAGCCACCUAGAAGUCCUGAAGAGGUUUUCCACUCGGGCAGCUGACGAAGAGCUCUCUGCUGAAGGGUCAGACUGCAGCGAGGAAGACGUGCAGCUCAGACAAAGUUCAGGUGACGAAACCGGCUUUAGGCACCUGGACGAGAAGAUCACACUUGCUAUGGCCAACAUGGAUUACCCUCAGCAGUGGGAAAACACGGAGAGUCAGCCAAGAGAAGCUGCUGAGCUUCAACCUAAAGAAACCCUCCUUCACCUCGCCGUCCGCCUGGGUUUGGUCCAUCUCUGCCGUUUCUUGAUCCACCAACCGAGAGGCCAGAGGGCGCUGACCUUACCCAAUCAGGAGGGAGACUCGCCGCUCCAGCUGGCUCAGAAGGAUGGACAACACGCCAUGUUCAGAGCGCUCGCAGCCCCUCCAGGUCCUGUUGCCGGCCCAGUCCCAGGCGUGUGGUGUGUUUGGUCCGACGGCUCUAGCAUGCUGAGGUUUUGUCCCGGGAUGGACUCCUUGACCCUGACCAUGCGGAAUACACCCGGCAGCUGCCCUCAGGACGGCAUCAAGAUCCUCCGAGACAGACUGGGAGACAGCCGCAUCCUCAAACUGAUCAGUGUGCUCAGAGCUGAUAGUGAAGGAGGCAAGAGAGGAAAAGAUGAACUCCUCCCCACUGAUGACGGCAUUAGCGAGGAGCUCCGAGUGGAAGAGACGAAACUGGUGGACAAUGUUUUUAAAGAACAGCUCGUUCUGUCUUUGGAUGACGAUGAUGAUGUAGAAGAGUGCCCAUCUUCGCUAUCUGUAAAUGGGCAUCCCGUGCAGUCCAGUGGAGUCCAGAACCAGAUCGUCCAGAGAGCAGCGGACUCUCCGCUCUCCAUGAUCAACAGCAGCGAUCAGACGCAGGCAGAAGAUGCUGAGAUCAAGUAUAGCGUCAGCGGAGUGACGGGAGACAGCACGGGGACGGACAGCAGGUUAUGGGACGCUGUGGACUCAGAAGCUCUCCUGCUGGCCACCGAUACUCCUCCACCGUGUCCAGAAGAUUUCAACUCUCCCUCCGUAUUCUUCUCUCCCCAAAUCUCCCCCGCUGACCAGGCGCUUGCCAGGCUGACCCGUCCUGCCUUCUCUGAUUCGACCAGUCAAAGAGAAAGUCCUCCGAUGGACACCUGUGACCUCAGUCUAGUGGCUUUGGAAGUAGACAGCGACGAGGACAGCGCUGAGCCAAAGUCUCUUCUUUCCCCGCUCUCGUCAGAUGUCGACAAAAGCGAAGACAGAAUGGAAACCGUUCGUCCCUCCCCUGACCUUCCUUGCACUCGCAGCCAAUCUGCCUCAGCGUGUGAACCCACUGCAAAAGAACUGGGCGACCAGGGGAUCCGACUGCGUUCGUAUUCCUACUCUUCCUCCAAAAUCAGUUUGCGUCCGGCUCGUUUCACCCGGGACAACCACGCUGCAGAGAUCAGCCCCGAUGCCGUGCUCCACAGUGUCAACCACAGCCGAUCUCUCCUUCAGGCCCUCUCUCUGUCUAAAUCUCUGUCUCUGCUCCACCCUGGUAAGCAAAGAGCCUCCAGUAUAUCAGAGCAGUCCCAUGAAAAAAGGGAGAUUAGGUUCCGUAAGCGAGCCCAGUCAGCUGAUGAUGAGGGCAGCAUGGAGCUGGCAGAGUCCCUCCAGCAUCUCACCCUGUCUGAGUUCCUCAAAGAAAUUGAAGAGGAGGAGCUGGAUAAGUACAACAUCCCGACGAAGGUGGAGUCAGAGAAGUACAAAGUCAUUCGCACCUUCAGUUUUCUCAAGAGCAGGAUGUCCAGUACACGCAACAAGACCAAGGGGAAGGGGAAGGACAGGGACGCCAAGGACAGGCCGCUGAAUGGACAUCGGUUUAACACGGGCGCCUGUUUAGGCCCCACCGUGUGUGUGGUGUGUAACAAGCCGGCAUCUGGAAAGGACCUGCUGCAUUGCUCCGGUUGCACUGCUAUCGUCCAUAAGGGCUGUAAGGAUUCUCUGCCCCCAUGUUUGAAAAAACUUCAGGAUAAGUAUGCGGUCACCAUGGUGAAGAACAGGACAGCAUCCCUCCCACAGAACUUCACAGUGAGAGACAGUCCUGCUCCUCAGUGUGUCGUCCCCAACUCUGCCUCUCUACCCGUCAUGGCCCCCAAGGAGAGGAAAGACGCCGUGACACCGUCAUGCCCUCUCUCAGGGAGUUCCCCCAACAGUGACAGUCGACUCAGUGAGAGUUCAGAGACGGAGUCUGACGUCUCGAAGGUGAACAGCCGAUCAGAAGAGCUCUUGCCGACUCCGGUGUCGUCCACCUCCACUGACUCCUCUUUUGGAGAAGACUGCGUGGAUGCGUUUAUCCACAGCGACAUGUCGGCGGAUGCUGUGGAUUACGAGGCCGAGUCGUGGAGCCUGACAGUCGAGCACAAGUUCUGCAAGAAGCAGGACAAACGAGCUGUCAAGAGGCAGGAUGUAAUCUACGAGCUGAUGCAGACGGAGCUCCACCACCUGCAGACGCUCCACAUCAUGGCCGAGGUUUUCCGGCGAGGCAUGAAGGAGGAGGUGCAGCUGGACACGGAAGCGGUGGAGCGGGUCUUCCCCUGUCUGGACCAGCUGCUUCUCUUCCACCACGCCUUCUUCGCCGCCAUGAAGGAGCGGCGACACGGCUCGGCCCGGCCGCAGGGACACAGGAACUACCUCAUCCAGCGAAUAGGAGACGUCUUGCUCCAACAGUUUUCAGAUGAGAAUAAAGAUAAAAUGAAGCAGGUGUACGGCGACUUCUGCAGUCGUCACAACGAAGCGGUCAGCUUCUUCAAAGAGCUCCAGCAGCACAACAAGAGAUUUCAGACCUUCAUUAAGCAACAAGGUAAUAAUUCUCUGGUGAGACGGAGGGAGAUCCCAGAGUGCAUCUUGCUGGUGACCCAAAGGAUUACAAAGUACCCAGUACUGCUGGAGAGGAUCCUGCAAUACACUCAGGAGGAAACACAGGAGCACGCCGACCUCUCCAAAGCUCUGGCUCAGAUUCGAGAGGUGAUCGCUGCCGUGGACCUGAGCGUCAGCGAGUAUGAGCGACAGCAGAGGUUACAGGAAGUGUGGAGCCGCAUGGAGAACCGCAGCUCGGCCAAGCUGAAGAACGGCCACACCUUCCGCAAGCAGGACAUGAUGGGGCCGGGACAGACGCUCAAACACCAGGGCCUGCUGCUGUGGAAGACCGCCACCGGUCGACUGAAAGACGUGCUGGCGCUCCUUCUCACAGACACACUCAUCUUCCUGCAAGAAAAGGACCAGAAAUAUGCAUUUGCAACUGUGGAUCAGAAGCCUCCAGUCAUCGCCCUGCAGAAGUUGAUAGUGCGGGAGGUAGCAAACGAGGAGAGAGGGAUGUUUCUCAUCAGCGCGUCAGCCGCCGGGCCAGAAAUGUACGAGGUUCACACGUCGUCCAAAGAGGAGAGAAACACCUGGAUGAGGCUCAUCAGAGAGGCCGUAGAGAGCUGUCCCGAGGAGGAAGAGGAAUACACGAGCGAGUCUGAAGAGGAGAAACGAGCUGCUGAGGCUCGCAUUCAGAAGAUCCACAAGCUCCAAGAGAGUCUGCUGAGCCGGGACCAGCAGAUCUGCUCCAGCCUGGAGGAGAAGCUGCAGGUCUACGCGGAGCUCUCCGCUCUGAGUGGGCGGCCGGACGCCUCGCCGGUCGAGCCGCGACUGCUCGUCCAGCCGCACUCGGAGGAGCUGCCGCAGGCGACCGUGCUGCUGGCUGCAGCUCUGCAAGAGGCCGAGAACCUGAAAGCCACGCUGUCCUCGAAGGCCUGUUCCCCAUCCAGUCACAGCUCGGACUCGGACACAGACUCUGUGUUUCCUCUCAGCCCUUCUACACCAUUACAGCCCCCCUCGGACUCUGAGACCUCACCUGAAACCCCCGAAGCCGCCGAGGGAAGUUGGAAUGAUGCCUUUGUGCCUGAGUCCCCGACUCUUUCUCAGAAACAGGACACGAACGACAUCGAAUUCAAGGUUGCUCAGAGUGUCCAGAGCCUGACCCAGUUACUCUACAGUCUGCAGGCGGCGGUGACCAUCCAGGACAGCUGCCACGAGGUCCAGAGGCUCCUCCUCCAAGAGAGCGGCCGCCCGUCGCCCCGCGCCCAGCGGCCACACCUUCCGAGCAUCCGGGGCAGCACCCUGCAGGAACAGGAGAAGCAGCGGAACCUGGAAAAGCGGAAGGAGGAGGUGGCGGCGGCUCACCGGCUCCAGGAGCGACUGCGCCAGGAGAAGGAGCGCUGGGAGAGGGAGUGCCAGGCCAGGGAGAGCCAGCAGGGGGAGCAGGAGAGCAGGCUGGAGGAGAGGGAGAGGCAGUGCCACCUGGAGGCCGAGAGGCUGCGGCGCGCGAGGGAAGAGCUCGACGAGCAGCUGGAGGAGUACCAGCAGGGCCUGGAGCGUCUCAGGGAGGGCCAGAGGAACGUGGAGAAGGAGCGGGAGCGGCUGGAGAACCAGCAGCAGCUGCUGGAGACCUUCAGGCACGGCCGGCAGAGGAGCCUGCCCACCGUGAUCCCACACAUGGUCAUCCCUCUAGAUGGGCAGCAGGACUCGGCACCGACUCAGUCCAGAGACCACGCCGGCAACGGCUCCGUGUUCGUCAACGAGGCUGCGCUCGCCGGCACCAGCGUCAACAACCGUCACGUCCACCACAAGAAGAAUGACCCCAGCGCGCACAAUUGCCUCAACGCCCUGCUGGCAAGAUCCAACAGCAGACAGACCCCUGCGGCUAAGACUCCCCAUGGUCCUCAGUCAGACGCCCAGGGGUGGGUGAUGGGGACAGGUUAUCUCUACGGCCCUGCAGGGAGGCUGGAGCUGCAGCACACGCCCAGUGAUCAGAACAGUCACGGCUACAUCGGGGAGUCCUGGCCGUCGACAGCAAGCGGAGCUGACCCUUAUCCGGAGCUCCCGCAUCCCGGUGACCCCCAGCUGGACCUGAGCGCUCUGGUUUCCUUGGAGACGGACAGCGGAGGGGAGGAGGGCGGCGAGGAAACCAUCGUGUACCUCUGAAUUUCAGACUCUAAAAAGCCGACCCAGCACUUGGAGACAAAAAAAAAAAAAAGAUAAAGACGUUCAUGAAGCGUGAGGAUUUGAUCCGGGGCGGCUUCAGAAAGCAUUUCUCUCUUUCGCAGGCUUGAGUCAUGCAUGUUUUUUUUUAUAUUUUGAAGAUUGUUUUUGUGGCUUGUUUUUUUUUUUUUUUUUUUUCCUGCAAAGCGCAUAGUUUAGAGAGAGACAGAUAAAGAAACUGAGACUCAAUCUCACAUGUGUCAUGCACCUUAGCCUGAGGCGCCACCGGGUGCUCAGUGUCUCUAUAUUUUCUGUUUUCUUUCUCGACUGGGUCCCUGCGGAUAAACAAACAUUUCCCCCUCCCUCUUCCUCCUCACUGUCCCUCCCACGCUGCCUUCCUUUCUCAGGUUCCGCAUAACUCGUCCCUCGAGCGCUCUAUUUAUUAAAUUUACCACAAAAGGAGAAAAAGCACGAGCCCAAUAUCAGCGAAAACAUUGGGAUGCGUCUCUCUGUGGUAAACUGUCCCUCAGUCAUUCUUGAGACAGGCUCGUUUUAUAUACAAGCCGAGCAGAACGUGAAGCACAAAACAUCCGGCCUGAGAGAUGAGGUGUGACAGCGUCAGCUCCAUGUUUCUCAGACUGCCUGUAGCCAUCGUUUGUUUUUGUUAAGAGAAAUCAGUGCAGAUGUUUCUGUAACUGACAGCACUUGAGUAGCUGUCUGUAAAUACUCUCCCUGCUGAACUAAAGAGGAGGAAGAGACGCUGACAGAGUUACAAACACAUUUCAAUUCCUAUAAAUUCUUCAUAAUAAAAUCCCCCGUUUUUCAGUUAUUUGAAAGCUUUUAUUAUGAAGCAGCAAAAUCAGGAAACGUCAGCACAAAUCCAGAAACAGAUGAAAGUAGACGCAGUGACACAGGUCAGCUGACGUCUGAGAGUACAAACAGGGAAGCUGGAGAGAAACUUUCACACCACAGAAGCUGCAAAAUUACGGAGCGCCAACCACACCGAGGCUUGCAAAAUGUCUCUCCCUUUGGUUUCCUGCCCAGACAUGAGUUGAGUAUCGCAGCUCAUGCUUUGGCGCUAGCACAACUAGCAUAGCUGUAGACCGUGAAUGCUGUAAUGCAUCAUGAUAACACCUGAAUAUGGCGGCACUGCGCAGCCCUGCUUUCAGUUUUCCCGUCUUUUCGUUCUGAAUGUUCGAUCGAUGCAGUGUUUCAAAUUCAUGAAACUUUUCUCAAGCCAAGAAACGCAAUUUAAAAUUCAGUUAAUGUCAUGACAGUUUAAAGUUUAAGCGGGAAAUUGUCAGCGAGUAAAACCUUUUUUCGCCUUUACGUCAUUACCUUAUAAAAAAAAAAAAAUCCCAUCUUUACUUCAUCGAGCUGUAAGAAGUGGAAGAUAUUGUUCUGAAAUGAUCUUCACGAGCACCCAGAACGAUAUGAUGUUGCCUUAUUAAUACUUUCUUGCUUCAACUAUUACACUUGAAUAUUCAUGUAGUGUAAUUACAUACUGUCUCUCGUGGGCAUUUAUUUGUGUAAAGAGCUCCGUGUGCCAACGCUUUAGGUGUCUCCCUACAGACGCUAUAAAAGCUACAUUGGUUUAAAUACUGUUGUUGUUUCCUCACAGGAGAGAACAAAGCAGUGGCAGUAUUUUUGUGAUUUUAGUGUAUAUAUAUUUACAUAUAUGUUUGUGCCUUUUAUUUAUUUAUUACAGUACCAAGAGUUGUAAUGUUUUCCAGUGCUUUGUGAAGGGUUUUAUUGUACAUACAUGAACAGGUGUGUUUUUCAGUCCGUUGCUCCUCCUGUGCGCUUGUCUUGAUAAAAACGACUUUUAUUGAACUUGAAACGGUUGCUGUGUUUUUCU